UUAUUACCUCCGACCUUCUUCAGUUUUCGUAGAUACGCACUUCAUCCUCUUUGUCACCCUCUCGCCCACAGUCCAUCCUUCUCGCGGAAACCUCGAGUCUAUUCCACUCCUGAGCGCUACCCUCGUUAUACAUCUUUCCACCAAACGGCGGUCCGGCCUUCCAAGAAUCCCGGCGCAAGCAUCGCAGCUUUUCCACUUGCGCUCCCCCGAAUAUACCGACCUCUUUGUCUUUUCUCCCUUGCGCGCACACGAAACUCGGCUACGCAAAUAGCUGCUCAACAUGUCGCCUCCCGCUAUGGCGCCGGCUGCUCUAGGCUCGGCUGGAAAAGAAUACAAAAGGGAAUCCGGCACUGCUAGAUUACUCGGAUCAGGCUCUGCUGGUGUGGCCGAGCUUCUAGUCUUUCACCCUGUCGACACGAUCGCGAAACGGUUAAUGAGUAACUCGACCAAAGUAGCCAAUGUAUCCGCCUUAAACACCGUCAUAUUCAGGGACCAUGCCUCGGCCCCGGCCCUGUCGAAAUUCACCUCCCUCUUCCCUGGCCUCGGUUACGCCGCCGGUUACAAGGUCCUGCAGAGGAUAUACAAGUACGGAGGACAGCCUUUCGUCCGAGACUACCUGACGCAGCACCACGCAUCCGAUUUUGACAAGGCAUUCGGCAAGGGGACGGGCAAGGCGAUCCUCAACGCGACCGCGGGCUCGCUGAUCGGCAUCGGUGAAAUCGUCCUGCUGCCCCUCGACGUGCUCAAGAUUAAAAGACAGACCAACCCCGAGGCCUUUCGCUCGCGAGGGUUUUUCCGCAUCGUUGCAGAUGAGGGUAUGGGCCUGUACCGUGGCGCAGGUUGGACCGCCGCACGAAACGCUCCCGGGUCGUUUGCCCUGUUUGGUGGCUCCGCCUGGGCCAAGGAAAAGUUGUUCAAGCUCGAGGACUACAACAAGGCUUCAUGGGGCCAGAACUUUGUCGCCUCCGUCGCAGGCGCGUCGGCCAGUUUGAUUGUCUCGGCACCGCUCGAUGUGAUCAAGACUCGUAUUCAAAACCGAAACUUCGAGAACCCCGAAUCCGGAUUCCGAAUCGUUGCCAGCAUGAUGAAGAACGAGGGUCCUACGAGUUUCUUCAAGGGUUUAGUGCCCAAGAUGCUCAUGACAGGACCUAAACUGGUCUUCAGCUUCUGGCUGGCACAGACUUUGAUCCCUGCCUUUGGCAAGGUUGUCUAGAUGAUUUUUUUUUAUUCACAGGCUGUGGAUAUUACGGUAUCUGCCUGUGGGAGAAUACAGGUCAAGAACAAGACAAGAGCUAAAGCGAGAUAGACCCGAAUGUUUUGCAUUUCGCCGAUUGGAGAUGUACUGUCUUGAUAGGUGCAGCGUGUGACGAUUAUACAUGAUACCGAGCUAGUCGAGAUGAGGAUCUCAUGUGGUAUUGUGAUCUUGUGUCUUUCUGCUGUACCUGGUGGGAUAUGUGGAAGAAAUCUGGGAGAUGCCAAUAUUACUUUCACAGACCGUUGUCUGUUUGGCACGUUAAUUUGUGGUUUCAGCGUGAUAGACCAGUGACAGGUUUGGGGUGACCGUAUGCGACGGGGCCAUGUAUCUAUGUGUAUACGGGUGUUUGUGUGUCCUUGGGAAUCGGGCAAAGGGGCAAAACAGCAGGAUAAGGCUUUGCUCAUUCCCCUGAUUGAUGGGGUCGCAACGGGAACGGAAAAAUAACUCUUCACUUCUCUCUCUAAACGAUUUACCAAAGGGCUCGCCAUAUUUCUUUUCUCUCUUGCAGUCGUAACCUAUCGUAAGAGCAC